CUCUCGCUGUCGCAACCACGGAGUGCUACCUUAGUAGGUAUGGAGUACACUCGCUAGCACUGCUAGGGACUGGCUUGCUUUUCGUCACUCAAUACAGACAAGACAGCCCUCUUCACUGCCAGGCCACGCAACGAGGUGCAUUGCAUUCCACCGCGUCGGCACAAUCCGCAUUUCGAGCGUCGAGCUGCGUCCAUCGGGGCAACCAAGGCGAAAUGGGCUUCCUGGGAAUCUACCGCGCCAUCUAUGACUACACUCCUAACGAGGAUGCCGAGUUAGCCAUCAAGCAGGGCGACCUGCUGUACAUCCUCGAGAAGAACGACGAUGACGGCUGGUGGAAGGCCAAGAAGAAGGCCGGCACCGAUGACGAGGAUGAGCCUUCUGGCUUGAUUCCGAAUAACUACGUUGAAAAGGCCGAGACGGUGGGCCAUGCCCGUGCCAUCUACGAAUAUACUCGCCAAACCGACGAGGAGCUGUCCUUCUCCGAAGAUGCCGUGCUAGAGGUCUUCGACACCACUGACGAGGAUUGGAUUCUUGCCGGAGUGGACGGCGAGUAUGGCUUUGUUCCCGCAAACUAUAUCGAGCUUCAGGCUGCUACUCCUGCAAGUGCGCCAUCGGUGCCGGCGGCCCCAGCAUUGCCAAGGCGGCCACCAUCCCAGAGCAUCGCGACCGAUGACAACACUCCCCCGUCUGAUGAAGCACCGGCUGCAUCUCCUGCGAUUGCAGCUCCUGCGGCUGCCGAUCCAGCAGUCGCCCUUGCCAGCCUGAUCCAAAACCAAAACCGACAAUCCACAAGGGAGCCCAUGACACUCAGGUUCAAAGAGCCGGAGUUGUCCGAUGAGGAGUCUAUUAGGUCACCCGCUUUGCCCUCGCGGCCACGCCCACAGUCUCAAGCAUAUUCAGUGUCGUCGGAGCAGCCAGCCAAGCCAGAGCGAACCCCCGAAUCUCAACCCAAAGGGCAUUUGAUUCCUGGCAACUUCCACCUGUAUAACAUCAACGAGAUGGUAUCGGUCAUGGGCAAGAAGAAGAAAAUGCCGACAACUCUGGGCAUAAACCUCUUGACUGGUACGAUCCUUAUCGCGCCCGAACGAGCUGAGAACGACCCCCCUCAAGAAUGGACUGCCGAUAAGAUGACCCAUUACUCUCGUGAAGGCAAGCACGUCUUCAUGGAGCUUGUCAAACCAAGUAAGAGCAUUGAUUUUCAUGCCGGAGCUAAGGACACUGCAGAAGAAAUUGUAUCUUCUCUCGGUGAGCUUGCAGGUGCUUCUCGGGCAGAGGGACUACGAGAGGUGAUUGCGGCAGGCUCCCAAAAGCGUCAAAGAAAGGGAACCAUUCUCUAUGACUUCAUGGCACAAGGUGAAGAUGAGGUGACCGUUGCUGCAGGCGAUGAGGUGGCCAUUAUCGAUGAUUCAAGGAGCGAGGAUUGGUGGCAAGUUCGCCGCCUAAAGAAUGGCAAAGAAGGUGUUGUCCCGAGCAGUUAUAUCGAAUUCUCAGGCACAAUCACGCCACCACUCGUGCAGUCAGCAACAGGGCCGUCUGGAGGCAAUUCCGCUAGAUCGGCCGUUGAGCAAAAUCGCCUGGAUGAGAUACGACUUACGAAAGAGGCGAUAAAGGCUGCUAGCAGGGAGCCUCAGCAGCAACAGGUAGGCCAAGGAAUGCCUUUACCUCGAAGAGGUAGCAGUCUCAUAGCUCCGAAUGAUGGUAACACUUUGGGACAACAGCGGCCUCGACGCGAGAAUGGACGAAACGAUAGUGGCAGUCAUGCUUCAAGCAAAUCCAAACCUGAUGCAUCCAAAGUCCGAGUAUGGACAGAUCGAUCAAAGUCAUUCAGUGUCGAGGCUCAAUUCCUUGGGCUCAAAGAUGGCAAGCUACACCUCCACAAGAUGAAUGGCGUAAAGAUUGCUGUACCAAUAGCCAAGAUGUCGCACGAGGACCUUGUAUAUGUUGAGAAUCUCACCGGAAUAUCUCUGGACGAUGAGAGACCCCUUGCCGAUGUCAAACGAGCGUCAAAAGUCCCGGAACAGCCAAAGCCCGCUCCCGUUGGAGCGUCCGUGGACAAGGGCCCAGAAUACGACUGGUUUCAAUUUUUCCUUUCUUGCGAUGUCGCUGUUGGCCUUUGCGAACGUUAUGCUCAGGCAUUUACAAGGGAUUCUAUGGAUGAGAGCGUCCUACCAGACGUUGAUGCCGGCGUCCUACGGAACCUGGGCUUGAGAGAAGGAGAUAUCAUCAAGGUAAUGCGUACUCUGGAUGCCAAGUUUGGACGCACCAAAGCCAAUGGCGAUGCCGAUGGCGGUCUCUUUUCAGGUCCUGGCGGUGCUCUGCGGAAUAACACAAGGAAGGGCCGGCCAGCCCCUGCAGUCCAAACCGGCGAUGUGGUCGAUGCCGCCGUUUUCUCAACCAAGGAGGCACCUAGCUCUGGCGAGACGGCGGCGGCGAAACCGGCGUCUCCUGCAAGUCCGGUGAGGGAGCCCAAGCGUCCUGCGGGAGGAUUCGACGACGAUGCCUGGGAUGUGAAGCCCACAAAACAAGAACAGCAAACACAACCGCAGCCGGCAGCGCCAGCAGCGGAGGCCCCAAAGAAUGUAGAGCCUGCUCCCGCCCCAGCUCCCGCUCCCGCGCCUGUUGCCCUUACCGGAUCUCUACAAGAGCUUUCCUUGCUAUCAACACCAUUGGAGCCUAGCAAGAUCGAACCAAAGCCUCAGCCUCUGGCUCCGCUGCCGAGCGAACCGCAGCUGUCUGCACCCGCGUCCCAGCAGCCACUCCUCGGAGCAAGCCCAUCCUUCUUUUCAACAAUGCCGCAGCCCAACCAGGUUUCAGCCCAGCCCUCGCUUACUGGAGUUCAUAUCUCUCCGAAAUCUCUAGGAAGACAGCGGCCUCUGGCGCCGUCUAUCUCGCCGCCAGUCCAAGGCUCGCUCGUUGUACCGCCACCACCACAGCGACCUCUUUCUGCUCCGCAGUCGACUCUUCAGCAGGGCAUGUUUCAAGCGCCCGCGCUCGUCCCUCAGGUCACCGGUCUCGUCCAAGGCCAGGUUGCACCACCGGGCCAGAGCCUCAACGACAUUACACAGGCCCGGCUGCAACAGCAAUAUGCAGCCCAGUUGCAGCAAAAUAUUCAGCCAAUUCAGCCGAUGCUGACGGGAUACAUUGGACCCCAACAGCAAGGCCUCCCACAGUUCCCUCAAGGUGCUCCCGGGCCGUACUUGCAGCCUAUGCUGACUGGUGCACCUGGCUAUAUCGAUCCCAGCCGCAUUAGCCAAUAUGGAGGACUUCAGCCCCAACCAACCGGCUUCCAGCCGUCUCUGGGCCAGUCUCCCUUUGGCACCGGCAGCAUCAACAACUAUCUACCGCCGCCUCUGCAGCCCCAGCAGACUGGAUUCCAGUCUCUGCAGCCACUUCAACAAGGAGCCAAUAAUGAGUUGAAGGCACCCAUGCAGCCUCUUGUACCCCAAAAGACUGGACCUCCUCCGCCAGUCCGAUUCGGCGUCACGCCGGAAACGAAGAAGUUGACGCCCCAGCCAACCGGCCGACGGGCCAACCUGUCCCAAGCGACUCCUGAAAAUCCGUUCGGUUUCUAGACGGAAUAUCCCACAACCAACCACACUUGUUAUAUAUAGCUACUUAUAUAGUCUGAUUUAACGUAACAAAACUGUCUGCUUAAAUCUAACCUUUAUAAUGAGUAGAACGCUAGAAAUAAGAUUCUAAAUUUUAAGUAAUUUUAAUAUGAAGAGAUGUUGCAUAGAUGAUUUUGUUGAAUGUCUGAUCGGC